UGUUUCAAAACUGUGCUGGGGAAGUUUGCUGCUGCUUAGCGAAUUUUUUUGAGGUCACUGCCAAGCACCCAAAGUCCUCCAGCCUCUGGCCAUACAAACAGACACCCAGUGGAGCUUUUGAUUCCCUCCCGCACAGACUGGGGCUAUCUUCUCCAGAGUUUGGAUCAGUUUCGCUCAGCACCUGGUUGGAAAUAAUUCCUCAGACACCACAGAGUCAAGGAUACAGGCGUGAAGAGCCCCAGUGAUAAUAUUUUACCUGUUUGAGGUUGAAAAGAAGGCUUUAGAUACAAUCAGUUACUCAAACUGCCCUCAGAGUUGCUAUAAUAACAGCCAUACAGCACUCCCAGUUUCAAAGCGCAGCUGCAUACUUGGCUCACUCAAAGCACCCCAGGAGGUAAGAGCUAUCAUAUUAUGCACAUUUUCCAGAUGGGAAAACCAAGGCAUUGAAGUUAACAAAUUCGUCUAAAGUCUCACAAACGCACAUGAUUUAGGAGGUACGCUUUAUGCCAUGGAUGAAACUGCAUUAACCCUUGGCACGAUAGAUGUUUCUUACUUGCCAAGUUCAGCGGAAUACAGUGUUGGCCAAUGUAAGCAUGCAAGUGAGGAAUGGGAUGAGUGUGGUUUCAGACCUACUGUGUUCAGAUCUGCAACCUUAAAAUGGAAAGAAAGCCUAAUGAGCCGGAAAAGGCCAUUUGUUGGAAGGUGCUGUUAUUCCUGUACUCCGCAGAGCUGGGAUAAGUUUUUCAACCCCAGUAUCCCAUCUUUGGGUUUGCGGAAUGUUAUUUAUAUCAAUGAAACGCACACAAGGCACCGAGGAUGGCUUGCAAGGCGUCUUUCUUACGUGCUUUUUGUUCAAGAGCGAGAAGUCCACAAAGGCAUGUUUGCCACCAAUGUGACGGAAAAUGUACUGAACAGCAGUCGAGUGCAAGAUGCCAUUGCUCAGGUGGCAGCUGAAUUAAACCCUGACGGUUCUGCUCAGCAGCAGUCAAAAGCCACCAGUAAAGUGAGGAAGAAAGCCAGAAGGAUCCUGCAAGAAAUGGUUGCCACUGUCUCGCCAGCCAUGAUCAGACUGACUGGGUGGGUGUUGCUGAAACUGUUCAACAGCUUCUUCUGGAACAUUCAGAUUCACAAGGGUCAACUUGAGAUGGUUAAAGCUGCAACUGAGAUGAAUCUACCACUUAUAUUUCUACCGGUUCAUCGAUCCCAUAUUGACUAUCUCCUGCUCACUUUCAUUCUCUUCUGCCAUAACAUCAAAGCGCCAUACAUUGCUUCAGGCAAUAAUCUCAACAUCCCCAUCUUCAGUACCUUGAUCCAUAAGCUUGGGGGCUUUUUCAUACGACGGAAGCUGGAUGAAAUGCCAGAUGGACGGAAGGAUGUUCUCUAUAGAGCUCUGCUCCAUGGGCAUAUAGUUGAACUACUUCGACAGCAGCAGUUCUUGGAGAUUUUUCUGGAAGGCACACGCUCUAGGAGUGGAAAAACCUCCUGCCCUCGGGCAGGACUUUUGUCAGUUGUGGUAGACACUGUGUCUACCAAUACCAUACCAGACAUCUUGGUAAUACCUGUUGGAAUCUCCUAUGAUCGUAUUAUUGAAGGUCACUACAAUGGCGAACAGCUGGGGAAACCUAAGAAGAAUGAGAGCUUUUGGAGCAUAGCUCGAGGCGUUAUCAGAAUGUUACGAAAAAACUAUGGGUGUGUCAGAGUGGAUUUUGCACAGCCAUUUUCCUUAAAGGAAUAUUUAGAAAGCCAAAGUCAGAAACCUGUGUCGGCCCCACUUUCUCUGGAACAAGCUUUGUUACCAGCUAUACUUCCUUCAAGACCCAAUGAUGCUGCUGACGAAGGUGCAGACACGUCCAUUAAUGAGUCCAGAAAUGCAGCCGAUGAGUCGCUCCGAAGGAGACUGAUCACCAACCUGGCUGAGCACAUUCUCUUCACUGCUAGCAAAUCCUGUGCCAUUAUGUCAACACACAUUGUGGCCUGCCUGCUCCUGUACAGACACAGGCAGGGAAUUGAUCUCUCCACAUUGGUGGAGGACUUCUUUGUGAUGAAGGAAGAAGUCUUGGCUCGUGAUUUUGACCUGGGGUUCUCGGGAAAUUCAGAAGACGUGGUCAUACAUGCCAUACAGCUGCUGGGAAAUUGUGUCACAAUCACCCACACCAGCAGGAAUGAUGAGUUUUUUAUUACUCCCAGCACAACUAUCCCUUCAGUCUUUGAACUUAACUUCUACAGCAACGGGGUGCUGCAUGUCUUUAUCAUGGAGGCCAUCAUAGCCUGCAGCCUUUAUGCAGUCCGGAACAAGAGGGGGGCUGGCGGGCCUGCCGGCGGGCCCUCCAGCCUGAUCAGCCAGGAGCAGCUGGUGCGGAAGGCGGCCAGCCUGUGCUACCUGCUCUCUAACGAGGGCACCAUCUCUCUCCCUUGCCAGACAUUUUACCAAGUUUGCCACGAAACAGUAGGAAGGUUUAUCCAGUACGGCAUUCUUACAGUGGCGGAGCAAGAUGAUCAGGAAGAUAUUAGCCCUGGUCUUGCUGAGCAGCAGUGGGACAAGAAGCUUCCUGAACGUUUGUCUUGGAGAAGCGGUGAAGAAGACGAAGACAGUGAUUUUGGUGAGGAGCAGCGAGAUUGCUACCUGAAGGUGAGCCAAUCCAAGGAGCACCAGCAGUUCAUCGCCUUCCUGCAGAGGCUCCUGGGCCCUCUGCUGGAGGCCUACAGCUCCGCUGCCGUCUUCGUCCACAACUUCAGUGGCUCGGUCCCGGAGCCGGAGUACCUGCAGCAGCUGCACAAAUACCUCAUCACCAGAGCGGAGAGAAACGUCGCCGUCUAUGCUGAGAGCGCCACAUACUGUCUUGUGAAGAAUGCUGUAAAAGUGUUUAAGGAUAUUGGGGUUUUCAAAGAGACCAAGCAAAAGCGAGUGUCUGUUUUAGAACUCAGCAGCACCUUUCUACCUCAGUGCAACCGGCAGAAACUCCUGGAGUAUCUCCUGAGCUUCGUGGUGCUGUAGGUGCCCCCGGCACCUCUGGCAGGUGAAGGGCGUGGGCGAGCCUAGGCUCCGGCCCUGGCUGGGAAGCGGAGGGCGCUGUCGUGUGGCCAGGCUGCCCUGUCCUAGUGUGACCUCCUGGAAGACAAGUGCCUUCUCCCUCCACGGACCUGCGGGCGCGCCGGCUCUGAGGUGACCCGGUGGCCUGCAGGCGACACUGCGCAGGGCCCCUGCUUUUGUUUGCAAUUCCUAAUCAGUAGGUUACAGAAUGAAAUCUCAGAAAAUGAUUUUGGAGCUUAUUAAACACUUAUGUUUUAAGCAUAACUGUUAAGAACUAAUUACUGUGAAGGGCAAAAGCACAUAGCUGUAUUCAGAACUGAAUCUUGUGUAGUGUACUUAAUAGUGUCGGGGAAUUCGCUGGGAUAGUUUCUGAUUCACUGUUAAUCUUCCUUUAAAAAUAAUUAAGUCACCCAUUUACUGUUUUUUUCCCUCAGUUUUAUCUUUGUCAAUAGAACUUGAGUCUUAAAUGGGAAUACCUGUCAUCCUGAAGUGCUUUACGAAAGAACAGGAAAGACCAGGCUGGUGCACAGCACACCCAGGUGCCCCUGUGUCCUUCGCAGUCUGGUUUAGAAAGUGUUUUAUGAAUCACUUGAAAACACAACGUUUGAUUAGGUCAGGGAUACAGAUAAUGUGCUCAAACAUCUAACACCAGGAAGUACUAGAUUGGCUGGCAAGAUUCAAGGUGAACUUGGCCAGAAAACUGACUUGGAAAAAUUUCACAGAAAAAAGCACCGUUGAGUUUUCAAUGCCCAUCAAGCAUUUAGGAGUGACUUCUGUUUCGUGUCUGUUCCCUUUCUCACCCCUCAGCUGGUGCCUGCCUCUCACAGGUACAGCCGUUUUUCUGGAGAUCCUCCAACCACGUAGCAACGGCCUAACGCCAUUAGCCCGGCCUGAUAGCCUUUGUGGGCGGAAGUGCCCCAGCUGCGGGCCGCUGGCCCAGGGCUCUCCUGCACACACAUGGGCUGAGCCCAGAGCCGGGCCAGGUGACCGGUACCCGCGUGAGGGGGGCAGGCUGACCCCUGGGCAGCAUUGGCGGCGGCCCUGCUGGCCGGGGCACGGUCGGAAGCAUUUAUGGCUCUUUAGCUUUGAGGAGAAGUCAUGGCUCUUUAAAAACCAAAUGGGUUGUAUGCCUCAACUCCACUGCCAUGCAGUGGCAGGCCAUUAUGAAAGCUUGUCUGUUCAUAACAGGUAGGUGCCUUUUUGUGAGCGGGGAGCGUAAGUGUUAGUUAAGUGUGGCAAUUGUGGUGAUUUCCUAAAGAUCAUGUGAUCCUAAAAUGUUUUCUAGCAGCUCGUUGUUCUUUCCCUCUGUGGUAUUGUGGAAUGAGGAACUUUUCCUAAUGAACAUUGUACCUAGCCUUUGAAUUUAAUAUAAAAGUACUGAGAAUUAAGUUUGUAUUUUCAUAAGCUUGUAUUUUAAACACUAAUCGUAUUUCAUGAAUAUUCUUUGUGUUUGGGGAAAGAGAAAGCUACUGAUUGACAUUUCCCUUUGUAUGAAAUAAUCUCAUUUGAAAUUCAGCAAUAAUAAGUGCUGUGGUGGCCUUCCACUCCUCUCCGAUGCCCCGUCUGGUAUAUAUCCUUUCUUGACAGGAGCUCAUGUACCAUUAAGCCAUCGUCAGUGUUGUCGCGGCUCUAGUGCGGAGUGGGGUCUUCCCCUUGUAGCAUUUUAUUUCACUAACUGGAGUUGUGUGUUUGGGGAUACACAGGGAGGCCCUACCGAUCCCCUUGUGUAUUCCCUAUCUAGGCCAGCAAACAUUGCACUAGUCUCUUUUAUUCGUCCUCUAAAGUAAAGAUCCAGGAGUCCUCCGACUGGCGCUUGGCUACCUGGAAUGUCAAGGUUGGGACUGACUUCCUCGUGGACACUGCUGCCCUGCUUGUGACUUCCGCUGAGAGCCGCUUGCCUGGCCAGGCUGCGCAGGGAACAGCGGCUUCUCUGGCUGUGCUUCCCCUUGCGGUUGGUUUGUUUUCUAGAAACCCAAUCAGAUGCUUUGAGGAAUGCAAUAUGUGAUUCCCUAGCUCCCUCGCCACUUAACUCACUGUGAGACUAAAUAUGCAUGCUUUUUUGUAAUUAACUGGUGCUUUGAAAACCUUUUUUAAGGAAGAAAAAUCCCAACCAAAGUUAUGCUCAUCCAGGCAAGCUGACCCCUGAGUUCACGUUAGCACAACUCAUCCUUCAGUGCCUCAUUGCUGAGAACACAUACAUCAUCACAGCAAGGCUUCCAGACAGCAGUUUUGCUUAAAAGAUUUAUUCUUAUUUUUUUCCAAAAGCGAAUGGCUUCCACAUAAGAUUAAACAAAUUAGGUGCUUGUAAAUAAUGUAUUACAGUUUACUCUUCUGCAUUUCUCUGAGACCGAAAUGCAUGCCUUCUAGGGAAAGACUAUGAGUCAAGUUAAAAACACAAACAAACAAAAACCCCCAAUAAUAAACAGUAGGAGACUGCACUCUUUCAAAAUGAGAAUGUCCUAAGUAAUUCAGAAGAGGGGAAGGAAUUUUUUGCUCUCUUGAACUUUAAGGAAAACAGAGGGGAAGAGCUAAUGUGGAAUCGUAGAGCUAGUAGGAGAAAUACCACGAGCCUUCCUUCUCAGAUCGAUGAAGUCUCUUGAAGUCCUGAGGGUUACAUUGGGAAUUGCAAUGAAUGUAAGCUCGGCCGUGGAAUUUGCUGUCCCCUCGAGGGGAAAAGCAUUUCCCACAGUUCUCUGUGCAGUGUGGGCGCUCUGCGUGACGUCCCUGGUGUUCUGUGGGAGAACGCAUCACUGGUAUCGUAAAUUUGGAUGUGGAUCCCGUUUCCUAGACACACACAGUGCACUUCAGCGCAGGCAGGGCUCAGGGUCUGCGGGGACUGAGCCUGGCUCACCCAGCGUUUCCAGACGCGCCACCCCAGGACCUCUCCCCUCUCUAGGGCAUCAGUGAACCUCUCACUAGUUUCCCUUGGGAAACAUUUUGGGAAACACUAGAUUGGGUAAUUCUUAAGCGUACAAAACAACUAACAGGUGGCACAGAGGCAGAAUUUGCAUGAAUUUUGCACAAUCAAAUGUUAACAUUUGAUGGCCCCGUAUUUCUUCCUCUAGAGAAAAUAAGCACCGAAAACUGUAAUACAGGUGGUCAGAGCUCUUUCCUUUGAUGGAAAGGUCAGCCACCAGUGACCCUGGGUUUUUCACUAAAAGUAGCAAAAUUAACACAAAGAUUAACUGGGGUACAUAAUGAAGAUUUUUAUUCCAAUUUAGAAAAAAAUAUUGCACAAUUGAAUGUACAGUAGAUUUUUAUUCACAGAUGGUUCUACUGUUUAGCAGUGACAGGACCUAUUACUGAAGUUUAUAAGACUUAAUUUGGAAUGUACAUCUGUUUUUUAAAACACUCUUUUUAGGAACUUGAGACUUGGCAGCUGGCAUUUGAGUUUAAUACAAACUAAUGAUUGCAUUUUGACUUUAUUUCUAAAUAUCUAAAGCUCAGAAAUGCCUUGAUGGAAGGUGUUAAACUAUUUGCCUGUUGUACAGAGAAACAUUAAAUUGUGUGAAAAGGGUUACUUUUACUGUGAAAUGACAUGGCAUGAUUUUGUGAGCGAUACUUAUUUGGGAACCUUGAUUGAUUUUUAUGCCUGUUCAUGUAUUGUAAGAAGCACAGAAUUGUAGUUUUGUUUUAAUAAACCAAAAAAAUGAAUAUAUUCUUGAUGUUUUGCAUUUGUUAAUAAAAGUUUCCUGCAGAAUUCAUUACACAAACAA